AUGGUCGUCUACUACGAUAUUCUUGGCCAGCGAAUUGGCUCGCACUACCUCGCCAUGGGAGUGCUCGGUUCAAUCUUCGGCGGUGUCUUCCUCGCGACCGGCGGCAGCAAGAAGCCGUUGAUUCACCAGACCCCUCCGUUCAACGCGAAAGACAAGAACGAGGAGGACUUCAUUCAAAACUUCCUCAAGGAGUCAGAAGGCGCACAGAAGGCGGCGAAGCACUAA